GUUAGUGAAUGUGUUAUCUGUAAUGGCAGGGCAUAGUGCUAUUUCAGCCUGUGUCAGGCCUUGAUUGAAAAGAUAUGUGACACGGUGAUCGAUAUGCUCCUGCUCCUCAUUGACAUUGCUACACGGAAUGAUGUUUCCUUCAAUGAUUUAAUAUACUACACUAUCGCUUUGUUUUCUCAAGAUCUAAAAUUACUUAUGUCGUUAUCACAAGAUUUUGAGAAAAUUAUCCCGCUAUCUCGGGAAAACAGAGGAAAUAAAAUGUAUGAAUACAUGGCCCUGUAGGACUUCCGUAUAUAACAGCCCGUUAGAAUUCUCUUUUAAUCAGCACAACAGUUUUCAGGUGUGCGUUUUUUAUAGAUACACUGCUAAGGUUGGCAAACAAAAAACUUCACAGUUUCUAUUAUUUCAGUCGCAGUGCAUUGUAAAAGGUUAAAAAAGAAAAAAAAAAAGUCUUGAUAGGCCCAGCUCCUCACUGAAUUCUGUUGCUCAUGACAAACAUAAUGCUUUAUGAGGACAACAUGUACAUAAUAUAUCUCUGGAGACUUGGGAAUUCCACAAACAAUCAGAUAAGGGAAAGAACAUCCCAGAGAUGUUGCUCUCUUAAGACAUGUCAUAUGGUGAGAACAGAGAUCUAAAGUUUUGACUCUUCUGGCUGAUAAAGACAUCUUCAGGUUUGCUUCUGGCCACAUUUGCAAAAUGCAAAAUCUGACUGAACUUUCAGGCAAUGUAACAUCCAACAACAGCCUGUCUGUGAUCAUUAGAGUGUGUGUUGUUAUCCCUUUUUUCUGUGUCUUCCUCUGUUUCAUUGCUGUCAUGCUGCACAUAUUUGUGUCUCACAGGCAGUUUAUGGACACUUCAUGUUACAUCCUGUUUGCCUACAUGCUGAUCAAUGACACCCUGCAGCUCUUGACGUCUGUGCUGCUUUUCCUCUUUGUCAUGGGAGGGGUGAAAUUAGCUCUUGUCUACUGCAUUCCCUUGCUGAUCAUUUCUACUGCUACUUUCCAGAACUCACCGUUAAUUCUGGCCACUAUGUCACUCGAGCGUUAUGUUGCCAUCUUUUACCCCCUGCAGCGCCCGGUCGCCUGGCGCUCAGACCGCAUCUGGAUCAUUAUUCUGUCCCUGUUGCUCAUCAGCUGCAUCUUCCCGAUCAUUGACCACUCCAUCAUGGAGCAUGAUCCAGCUGUGGACAUCCUCUCCACCCCUGUGCUUUGCCAUGUUAAACUUGUCAACUCAUCUCAAAUUCAGACAUUGUUCAAAGCGGCUACAAGUAUUCUCUUCUUUGCAGUAGUGGCUGUUAUCAUCCUCUUUACAUAUGUGAGAAUCCUGCUGGAAACCAGGAAGCUCAGACAAGACACAGCGUCUGUGAGUAAAGCCAUGCACACUGUGCUGCUGCACGGCUUCCAGCUGCUGCUGUGCAUGUUGGCUUUCACCAUCCCCAUCACUGAGCGUGUCAUAGUGCUGCAUUCCAACUGGAGACCAGAAGACAUUUCCUAUUUUAAUUUCUUCUGUUUCAUUCUAAUUCCACGCUUUCUCAGCCCAGUCAUCUAUGGCUUCAGAGACCAGAGUCUCAGGGGCUACAUCAGAAAACAUUUUUUUGCUGCUCUAACAAGGUGAGGUAAAACCCUGAAGUAAAACUGCAAGACAACGCAUCUGAAAAUGCAAUGAAAUAAUGCUGGUUUUCUAUCAUGCUUUAAAACUCAAACAUUAUUCGUAUUAAAUUGAAUUCUGUGUGAUGUUAAAAAAGAGAACAAUCCAGCAACGCUUAGGACUGUGCCCGAUGUAAUACAAAGUCCUUCACUGUGCCACUUUAUAUAUAUGUUCUGCCUCCUUUUAACCAAAUUGUCAUUUAUGCAUCUUCAAAUGUUCUCUUUUGCAACUCAAACAUUACUCAUAUUAAAUUGCACUGUGUGUGACAUUAAAAAGGUCUUAGAUUCAAAAAGAGAACAAUCCAAGCAACUCUUUUGGCAAAAGGGAUAAAAAAGUCUCUAUUUAGACAGCUUUACAAUGUUGAAUGUUUUAUUGACAAUUAAAUUUAACAACCCAUACGUAGCCACACACAGGGCAUUUGAACCUCAGAUUUGUCUCUUUUUUGAACUUCUGUGGCCCCAAACCACCUUCAGCACAUUCUCUUUGAACUUGAGAACUCCAUAUUUAAUCUUUCUUAAGAUCUUAAAUUUUAC